UCAUAAACAUAUGAAAUGUUUUUUAGAAAACGGAUUUACGGGCGAUCGAUUAAAAUUAAUUCAUUUGAGCUUAGUCGUUUGGUCAAAGCGUCAGUUGCUAUGGAAACCGAAGCGCUGGUGAAUGGCAGAAAGGUUUCUCCCACGAAUCACGUCGCUAAUUAUCAAUCGACUAACGGUAAUGCUUCGAAAUCGGAAAUGUCACAAAAUGCCAGCGAAAACAAGGAAGAUAAUCAAACGUAUUCCGUAGAAACGUCAGAAGAAGGAUUGACCACUCUCGGUGAUUUAUCCGAAUUAGGAGAAAUGGAAGAAAUUCCCAAAACAAGGCACUACGAGGAUUUCCACACCAUAGAUUGGCAGAGAGACAUAGCUCAGGAUCGAACGAGGCAUCGCUACAUAAUUUCCAAGAAGAAAGAUUCCGUAUGGGAUUGUAUCAGAGGAUUUCACGAUGCCUGGUCGGGUUGGCUGUGUCUGCUCUUAGUUGGAAUGACUACAGGUACAGUAGCAGGUAUAAUAGACAUCGGAACAGGAUGGAUGAGGUAUCUGAAAGAAGGCGUAUGUUUGGAAGCAUUCUGGCUAAAUAAAGAACAGUGUUGUUGGUCCUCUAACGAAACAUCAUAUGAAGGUGAUAAAUGCUUAUUGUGGUAUUCUUGGCCCGAAGUUUUUGGUAUUAAUACUAACAAUGAAGUAGCCGAAUAUAUAUUUUCGUAUUUCAUCUACAUCGUAAUUAGUAUAUGUCUCGCCGGUCUAUCUGCCUUACUAGUGAGGAUGUUUGCGCCAUACGCAUGUGGAUCAGGUAUUCCAGAAAUAAAAACUAUUUUAAGUGGCUUCAUCAUUCGUGGUUAUCUAGGAAAGUGGACUUUGGUAAUCAAAUCGGUAGGCCUGAUGCUGGCAGUCGGUUCGGGUCUCAGUCUCGGAAAAGAGGGUCCACUGGUACACGUCGCCUGUUGCAUCGGCAAUUUAUUUUCGUACUUUUUUACAAAAUAUGGAGAUAACGAGGCUAAAAAGAGAGAAAUUCUUUCGGCAGCGGCUGCUGCAGGCGUUUGUGUCGCAUUCGGUGCACCAAUCGGAGGUGUUCUGUUCAGCUUGGAAGAAAUCAGUUAUUAUUUUCCAUUGAAGACCUUAUGGCGAUCAUUUUUUUGUGCAUUAGUUGCGUCGUUCGUUCUACAUUCUAUUAAUCCUUUUGGUAAUGAUCAUCUUGUCAUGUUCUAUAUGGAUUAUAAAAGACCGUGGAUAUUUGUAGAACUGUUUCCUUUUAUAAUACUGGGACUUCUUGGUGGUAUCGUCGGUACAAUCUUUAUCAAGUGCAAUAUUUGGUGGUGUCGUUAUCGAAAAACUUCGAAACUAGGAAAACAUCCAAUUGUUGAGGUAUUGGUAAUUGCAUUAAUUACAGCCAUUAUUAAUUAUCCAAACAAAUUUACCAGAAUGAACAUGGGAAAUCUUAUAAAAUUGCUCUUUAGUCAAUGCAACAUUGCUGCUUCUCCAUUUUGCGACGAUUUUAGAAAUUACACCAUGGAAACUGGAGACACGGAAGCGUCGGGUGGUGGAUCUGGAAUGCACCAGUCAAUAUGGCUGCUCUGUUUGGCAUUAAUAAUAAAACUUUUAGUAACUAUAUUCACUUUUGGAAUUAAGGUUCCUUCAGGAAUUUUUAUACCCAGCCUCACCAUGGGAGCAAUUAUUGGAAGAUUAAUUGGAAUUGGAAUGGAAAAUAUUGCAAUUGCAAAUAAAAACAGCUGGCUGUUUCGUGAAGCGUGUCGUACAGGUGAAAACUGCAUAACUCCAGGGCUGUAUGCCAUGAUUGGUGCGGCAGCUUGUCUUGGCGGAGUGACGAGGAUGACCGUUUCUCUGGUGGUGGUGAUGUUCGAGAUGACCGGAAGCGUCAACUACAUUGUUCCUCUUAUGGUGGCUAUCAUGACCAGCAAGUGGGUGGGUGAUGCUUUUGGAAAAGAAGGAAUUUACGACGCCCACAUACAGCUGAACUGCUACCCUUUUCUGGAUAACAAGACAGAAUUUACCGAGACCACGCUGGCAGCGGAUGCCAUGAAGCCCAAAAAAAAUGAAGAGCCUUUACAAGUCAUUACGCAAGACGGCAUGACUUUGGACGACAUAGAAAGUCUGCUGAAUUCUACAAGUUAUAAUGGAUUUCCAGUUGUGGUUUCCAAGGAAUCUCAAUAUUUGGUAGGAUUCGUAGCCAGGACGGACUUGACGUUUGCACUGAGGAAUGCAAAGAAAACUCACGAAGGCAUUUCCGGAAAAUCUCAAGUACUCUUCACCGACCUGGCUUCUCCGGCGUGGUUGGAUCCUCCGCCACUGAGACUGAGAAAAAUAGUCGAUUUGGCGCCCAUAACUAUCACUGAUCAGACUCCCAUGGAAACUGUUAUAGACAUGUUUAGAAAAUUAGGUCUGAGACAGACGUUGGUCAUCCACAACGGGAGGUUAUUGGGAAUUAUUACGAAAAAGGACAUAUUGUGCCAUAUAAGACAAAUAAGAGGAGCUCUAUGAAGGCUUUGUAAAUACCGAGUUCUCGUCGGGAGAGAAGUCCCUGUACAGUUUAAAAUUAAGAUUUGUCGGCCUGCGUCAAAAUAAACGUUUUUAGUUUGUGUAUUUUUCUUUACAAUAUUAAAAGUUAUAAAAAUUAAA